CCGCGCGUAACCGCGUCCUCUGCUCUACUGCUGCUGCGGACACACACAGUGAGACAGAGAGAUACAGUGAGACACAGAGAGACAGACAGACACAGAGAGACAGUGAGACAGAGAGAGACAGUGAGAAACAGAGAGACAGGUGGUGUGACGGGAGAAUGCUCGCGGCGGGCAGCUCGCGGUGAUUAUCGGGUCUUUGGAGCAUCGCGCGGACACCAUGAGCUGUAACUGGGGCACUGAGCUGUGGGAUCAGUUCGAUAACUUAGAGAAACACACCAGCUGUGGGAUCGACUUCCUGGAGAGAUACAGCAAGUUCCUGAGAGAGAGGGCGGACAUUGAGCUGAGCUACGCCAAGCAGAUCAGGAGCCUGUCUAAGAAGUACCACCCGAAGAGGAGCAGAGAGGAUGAGAGCAGGUACAGCUGGUGUCUGGCGUUUGCAGCAACUCUCCGGCAGCUGAAUGAACUCUCGGUUCAGAGAGAAGAGUUCGCUGAAAACCUGAACACACAGAUCGUCUGUGAGCUGACACGAUACACACAGGAAGUGAAGACUGAGAGGAAGAAUCAUUUCCAAGAUGGACGGCGUGCACAGCAGCACAUUGAGGGCUCCUGGAAACAACUGGAGUCUAGUAAGCGCCGGUUUGAGCGUGACUGUAAGGAAGCGGAGCGAGCCCAACAGGUGUCCGACAGAAUCGACCUCGACAACAAGACGGACGGAGAGAAGCGCUGCUCACUAAAAGCUCGUCAGACGGCUCAACAGAAAAAACAAGCUGCCGAGGAAUCGAGGAAAGAUUAUGUGACCAGUCUAAACCAGUUCAACCAGGACCAGCACCAGCACUACCACACACUGGUGCCAGUUAUAUACCAG